ACUGGGGACAUUUUAUGGACUAUUUGAGUCUACUUCAGAUAUUUGUGGCCCCGGAUUUGGAGAGUGGUUCUGAUUUAGGAGACUAGGAAAUGCAGCCUGGACACCAGGAACAGUGACUCUGCGGCUUUGCAGUGGAGCUCUGUGGCCUCUGGUGUACGUAUGGCUUACACUCUCCCGGUUUUGUUUCUUUAGGAGAGGCCCCACCAAUGGUACAAGGAGGUCGGAGUUUUUAAAUGACAAAGAUAGAGCCUCCAGAAAAAAAUGCAUGAAAGCAGUGUUAACAACAAGAGCUACUUUCUUAGCGACCUGAUUUGCAGGCUUCCAGGCGUGUCGAUGGGACAGAACAUCUGCAUGUGGCCAGUAGGGUCUGGGGUGUGGUCCCAUUGCCGCAGCGCCCGCCCGCCUGCAUCCUGCACCCGGGGCUUCACUUUAGUGGCUCGCUCUGAUUUGGGCUUUGCUGGAGACAGGCAGGCUCACAGCAGAACAGGUGGCCAACCUUGCUCAACUUGCCACCCAGUGGAAAUAGCAGUCCCUAUAUUAAGUAAAUGACCCCGAGGUGUUUGAUUAUGUCAGUUGCUAAAAGUGGGUCUGACUUGUCCCCGAGGCAAGGAAACGCUUCUUGCCCUCCACCGCUUUCGUGAUGCCCGGUGAGAAUGCCCGCAUGUUUACAAACUUGCCCUGGAGGUUUGCUCUCUGACACGUGGAGGAGCAAGAUUCUCGAUGCUUGAAGAGGAAGGCGGUGUGGUUCCCUGGCCAUAAUUUCUAGCUUUGGCGAUAUGCUUUCUCGCUUCCGCCAAGCCUUCUCGAAAUUCUAUGGGGCACUGUUAGAGGAAGGCAUUGUGAAGGAAAUUGACAUCAGCCAUCAUGUGAAAGAAGGAUUUGAAAAGGCCGACCCUUCCCAGUUUGAACUGUUGAAAGUUUUAGGACAAGGAUCCUAUGGAAAGGUGUUCCUGGUGAGGAAGGUAAAGGGAUCCGACGCUGGACAGCUCUAUGCAAUGAAGGUUCUUAAGAAAGCGACCUUAAAAGUUCGGGACCGAGUGAGAUCAAAGAUGGAGAGAGACAUUUUGGCAGAAGUGAAUCACCCUUUCAUUGUCAAGCUUCAUUAUGCCUUUCAGACGGAAGGAAAGCUCUACCUGAUUCUGGACUUCCUGCGGGGUGGGGACCUCUUCACCAGGCUCUCCAAAGAGGUCAUGUUUACUGAGGAGGAUGUCAAGUUCUACUUGGCUGAGCUGGCCUUAGCUUUAGAUCACCUCCACGGGCUGGGCAUCAUCUACAGAGACCUGAAACCUGAGAACAUCCUCCUGGAUGAAGAGGGACAUAUUAAGAUCACAGACUUCGGGCUGAGUAAGGAGGCCAUCGACCACGACAAGAGAGCCUAUUCAUUCUGUGGGACGAUAGAAUACAUGGCUCCCGAGGUGGUGAACCGGCGAGGACACACGCAGAGCGCAGACUGGUGGUCCUUCGGUGUGCUGAUGUUUGAGAUGCUCACGGGGUCUCUGCCGUUCCAGGGGAAGGACAGGAAGGAGACCAUGGCCCUCAUCCUCAAAGCCAAGCUGGGCAUGCCACAGUUCCUCAGCCUGGAGGCCCAGAGUUUGCUCAGAGCCCUCUUCAAACGGAACCCGUGCAACCGACUGGGUGCUGGCAUCGAUGGAGUGGAGGAGAUCAAGCGCCAUCCUUUCUUUGUUACCAUAGACUGGAAUAAGCUGUACCGGAAGGAGGUCAAGCCACCCUUCAAACCUGCAGUGGGCCGGCCCGAGGACACCUUCCACUUUGACCCUGAGUUCACCGCACGGACGCCCACAGACUCACCUGGCGUCCCCCCCAGUGCCAACGCUCAUCAUCUGUUUAGAGGAUUCAGUUUCGUGGCCUCAAGCCUGGUCCAGGAGCCUUCGCAGCAAGAUCAGCACAAAACCACGGUUCCCCCCAUCGUGCAGCAGUUACACGGGAACAACAUCCACUUCACCGAUGGCUAUGAGAUCAAGGAGGACAUCGGGGUGGGCUCCUACUCCGUGUGCAAGCGGUGUGUGCAUAAAGCUACUGAUGCAGAGUAUGCCGUGAAGAUAAUCGAUAAGAGCAAAAGAGACCCCUCGGAAGAGAUUGAGAUUCUGCUGAGGUAUGGCCAGCACCCGAACAUCAUCACCCUCAAAGACGUCUACGACGACGGGAAGUUCGUGUACCUCGUGAUGGAGCUGAUGCGCGGUGGGGAGCUCCUGGAUCGCAUCCUCCGGCAGAGGUACUUCUCAGAGCGGGAGGCCAGUGAUGUCCUGUGCACCAUCACCAAGACCAUGGACUACCUCCACUCCCAGGGGGUCGUGCAUCGAGACCUGAAGCCAAGUAACAUACUGUACAUGGAUGAGUCUGGAAACCCUGAAUCCAUCCGAAUCUGUGACUUUGGGUUUGCCAAGCAGCUGCGAGCCGAGAAUGGGCUGCUGAUGACACCCUGCUACACGGCAAACUUCGUUGCCCCAGAGGUCCUGAAGCGACAAGGCUAUGAUGCGGCGUGUGACAUCUGGAGUUUGGGGAUCCUGUUAUACACCAUGCUGGCGGGAUUUACCCCUUUUGCAAACGGACCAGAUGAUACCCCAGAGGAGAUUUUGGCGAGGAUUGGCAGUGGGAAAUAUGCACUUUCUGGGGGAAAUUGGGAUUCCAUAUCUGAUGCAGCCAAGGACGUUGUAUCCAAGAUGCUCCACGUGGAUCCUCAGCAGCGCCUGACGGCAGUGCAAGUCCUGAAACACCCGUGGAUUGUGAACAGGGAGUACCUAUCCCAAAACCAGCUCAGCAGACAAGACGUCCACCUGGUUAAGGGCGCGAUGGCCGCCACAUACUUUGCUCUCAACAGAACCCCUCAGGCCCCACGGCUGGAGCCGGUGUUGUCGUCCAGCCUGGCUCAACGCAGGGGCAUGAAGAGACUCACAUCCACGAGGUUAUAGCGGCCAGCAGGACCGCGCACGGCACUGGGCUGCUGAUGCUGGCGGGGACCCGCUCCUGCCCCGCUGGAGGGACUGCGACCCGCCACCCAGGCCCGGGCGCCAUGGCUCGGUCUAGUUUCCUUGCUCAGCCCGGAGAGGAUCCGGACGGGGACCUCCCAACGCCUCGCUGUGCCAACCUUGCCACCUCCUUCCCCCGCGAGCAAACCAAAAGGACUCAUUUCACCGCGCACCCCUCUGCUGACUGCCUGUAGGGUUCCUUCCGACUCUGUAGAUCUUUUACUAUUACGGCUUAUUAUAUUUAUAUGGAGAGAUAUUUUUUCCACUUAUAAAGCCAGUAACUUGGUCAGAUUUCCAGCACACGCGUCCUAGUUAUUACGAUGAGAAGAUGCACCAACCAGUGUGUGGCACAGCCUCCCUGGGCGGGGCCGGCUGCUCGGUCCUGGUGUCGCCAGCGGGUGGAAUGAUGGGGUGGGCAUCUGGUUUCCUCCAAAUGAUCCAAAGCUCUUGUGUCCCUGCCCCUCAUUUCAACUGCAGUGCUGGGCGUUCUGUGUCAUCGCAGAUCUGAAUGGGGAGGAGCAGCCACAUUUCAUGAGAAUCUCUGCCUUGGCAGCCACGUUUCCUAAGAAUGGCACGUAACCCCAGGAAGGAGCCGGCUGGAGCCUGUGCCCGCCCGUUUCCUCAUCCCGUUGGAGGGCCGGGGCUGCAGGACCAGCUCCUCCGGGCUCCUGUCCCUGGCUGGAGCAGUCGCCAAGGCCUACCCAGAGCUUCCGAGAGCUUUGGGCUUUCCCGCCGGCUGAGGUCUGCGUCAGCCCAUGUGUUCUUACCCGAAGCCGUGGCUUUGCUGUGUUUGCUUUCACUUUUCUGGUCCGUGGGAAAACUGUGACCGCUGGAAACCCUGAGCUCUGUUGCCUCCCUUCAGCGCUCUCUGGGUCCCACCGGAGACCGGAGGGAGAUGUGAAGCCCUGCCCAUCACCCCGGGGGACUGGAGGAGACCGAAAGAUGUGUUAGCAGAGGAGCGAUGCACUUUGUAGAAACUGUGCUUUGUGUUGUUUUGUGUUUCUGUUGCACAGAUAGAUCUGUUCUUUACCAGAUGUUUCCAUGAUAUUUAAUGUUUCCCUGGGGGUGUGUGCGCACAGGCCUGGGCAUGGUGCAGAGCGAGCAGGGCUGUGGGAUCCUUUGUGAAAUAGGAUCGUGACGGGCUCAGUGCCACUGCCCAGGCCUGGAGGAGAGAGCACACGUGUCCUUCCACCCCCUCCUGGCCGGGCCCCAAACCAGGGGAGCACCUGCCAGGCUGACAGGAGGACUCUCGCCCGCAGCUCCAUGACUGCUGUCCAGCAUCGCUGAGGAGCCCUCUGCCCUCAGAUGGGGCUGCAGGAGGCACUUGUGGGUCUCAGCCAGCUUUUCACCAAAAAGACAAUAUUUCAUUGUUUCUCCCUCCAUCUCAAUUCACCCUAGUACCCAACUCAGAAAAGAAAAAAAAGAAAAUAGUACACAUACUGAAAAAUAACUCUUUCGUUUGGUCUCCUGUUUUCAGACCUGAAAAUAUAAACUCAUUUCAGAAGCUUUAAUUAUUCCACGAGGCUUUUGUUUUUCCCUCAAAGAACCAGAGGAAUAAAAGAUGGGGCACAGAUUCCUGCACCUGUUUUCCCACCGGCCCCAUGAGGUGUUGCUCAUAUUUUCUCAAUAGAAAAUGCUUUUUCCCAAGGCUGAAAAGACUUCCACCCACAGUAGUUCUGUUUUGGGUCUGAAUGAUUUCAUUUCUUGUUAGAAACUUAGGAAAAACCAGAUGGUCCUGACAUCCCAGGUUUUGCCCUCCUGGAAAUCCUCAAAUGUCAUUAUAGCUUCUGUUUGCUGUGCAGGCACGUCUGCUCCCACCCGCUGCCGGGGGCUCUGGUCUGGGUCUGUUUGCCUCAGGUCCCUGAGUUCUGAGGGAGGGAGAGAGAUCUGAGAGGAAUAAAUAAGAAAGCAUGGCGGGGAGAGUGGCGGGUGGAUAUUCUGUGUGUGCAUCCAUCGCACCAGCUCACCAUCUCUUUCAGUUCUUCCAGUGUGUGCAGCCUUACAUUCUGAACUCAGAACUCCAAAGGGAUCCAUGAGGCUCCCAUGGUACCAAACUCUGCCCUUAGCAUGUGGCUGAUGUGUGUGGCAGCAGAGGCCACUGGCUCUUACCUGCUCUGCUGACCCAACUCUACUUGAAUGUCCACGAGAUACCUCUGCUUUCUCACCCUUAUCCAGAACAAAGUGAUACUUGAAACCCUUCCACGGAGAAGUCAGGAGAUGAUAUUUUAAACCGAAGUUAAGUGAAAUAGCUAGUGGCUGGGCUUUGUAAAGAGCAGUUGGUGUGGGAAGAAAGGUAUUCUUACAUUUUCAGGUCACCUGUACGCUGCACCUCCACCCUGAACGAAAGGCUCCGUAGGCUUUGCACAGAUGGUGUAAGUGCACAGAGAGAUCAACAGCUGCCCCUGCUCACACAUAGACUCAUACCCCCUCUGGAUCAUAAGAACCACAGACUUGGUCAUGGGAAAUCCAAGCCCUGCAUCUCAGGCCUCCCGACCCACCACCAAGGGGGUCCCUUCCUGGCGCCAUGGCAGCCCCCCACCCCAUUUGAGAGAAACACCUGACUCACCCUUUCAGUGGGAGAGCUUGCACAGAUGCCCCACUACCAUUCCCCAACCCCAGUCACACUGGACAGCGCUGAGAUUUCACGUCCAUCCUUAGGUCAGAGUGUCCGUGAUUUUGAACUAACUUUGUGUGCAUUGCUGUUUGGAGGAUGGUUGGGCUUUUCUCGGCGAUAGUAGCACUUCCUGCUAGCCAGUAUUGUUUAUUAAAUGGUGUUACUCCUCAAGCCGCGCGUCGCGAUUUGUACCUCAUGCUUUCCUGCCUCUUAGGCACAGGAUACGUUUGAUUUGCACUCCGUUCUCUUUCCGACGUGGUUUUGUUGCCCUGCACCUCUCAUAAAGAUGCUAGAAUGGAAAAGGCCCCCCUGCGUGGUGAGGGGAAGAGAGAAGUGAACCCAGUGUCGCUGCAGAGCCCGGGAAGUCACAGGGCAGAGAUGCCGCCUCUCCAGCGCUCGUGGCCCCACACGGAGCACGCUUCCGCCUCGACCCCCAACUCGGCACUUUGUUUACAGCCCGCGUUAUGUUUACAGGUCAUUCGUUUGUUCACGCUGUGUAUUUUAUGUUGGAGAUGGGCGGCCGCUGUACAGAUAUUUAUUACGCUUUCCAGACUUUCUGAAUAGAUUUUUUUUAAUAAACAUGGGUUUUAUGAAGUGUAA